GUUAUUUCCGUUACACGCUCGAGACGCGGCGGUGAGCGCGUUUUUAAUCGAAAAAUUACGAUCAAACAACGUUCAAAAGUCCACUCGGAAAAAAAAAGCAAUUACGGCGUUAAUGACACACACACACACACACACACAUACACAAUAUCUACUUGGCAAAAUGAGGACGACGUGUCGUACGCGACUCCAUCGGCCGACGACCUGCACCGCGCACAAGUCUGACGGCCGCCGCCGCCGUUGUCGAGAGGUCUCGAAGGGCGUGCGCGCGGCGGCUUAUAGAUCGGCGGGCCGGAGCGCUCCGCGCCGUCAGCACCGCUCGGCGCGCCCGGCGCGGUCUCUCGUCACACAGUGUGCAGUACGCACAGCAUCCGCGACCCGACGAGCCGUCGUCCACAGCGGCGAGGCCGAUUAUCUAUCGAUUCAGUCGACCGCCGCCGAGGAAAACGCGAUGCCGCCCGUCGUUUCUGACGCUGCCGACGGUGACAACUACUACCGCCACCACCGCCGCCACCACCACAACAACAACAACAACAACAACAACAACAACGGCAGCAGCAACAGCAGCAACAGCAACAGCAACAGUAACAACAACAACAACCACAGCGGAAGUAGUAACAAAAAGUUCCGGGGACGACGCCGCCGCCGGGGUUGCGCGCACCUGACGUCGUCACUGCCGCUGUUGUUGCUGUCGGCCGUCGGAUGUCUAUGCAAUCCGGACGCCAAGCGACUGUACGACGACUUGCUCAGCAACUACAACCGGCUCAUCCGGCCGGUCAGCAACAACACCGACACCGUUUUAGUCAAGUUGGGCCUCAGGCUGUCGCAGCUCAUCGAGUUGAAUCUGAAGGAUCAAAUUUUAACGACGAACGUAUGGCUGGAACACGAAUGGGCAGACCACAAAUUUAUAUGGGAACCACUAGAAUAUGGAGGUGUCAAAGAGCUUUACGUACCAUCUGAGCAUAUCUGGUUACCGGAUAUCGUCCUUUACAAUAAUGCUGACGGCGAAUACGUAGUCACUACUAUGACAAAGGCUGUGCUCCAUUACUCAGGUAAAGUAAUGUGGACACCACCAGCCAUUUUCAAAUCAUCAUGUGAAAUUGAUGUUCGCUAUUUCCCAUUUGAUCAACAAACAUGUUUUAUGAAAUUUGGUUCAUGGUCAUAUGAUGGAAACCAGAUAAACCUCAAGCAUAUUGGCCAAUUGGUCGGAACUAACAAAGUGGACGUGGGCAUCGAUCUGUCCGCGUAUUACCCAAGUGUGGAAUGGGACAUUCUCGGUGUGCCAGCGGAGAGACACGAAAAGUAUUACUCAUGUUGCGUUGAACCUUACAUCGACAUUUUCUUCAACAUAACUCUGAGGCGGAGGACUUUGUUUUAUACCGUCAACCUUAUCGUGCCCUGCGUGGGCAUAUCUUACUUGUCAGUACUAGUGUUCUACCUGCCCGCCGACUCCAAGGAGAAGAUUUCACUGUGCAUCACAAUUCUCCUGUCUCAAACCAUGUUUUUCUUGCUCAUCUCCGAAAUCAUUCCCUCGACAUCGUUAUCAUUACCGCUGCUCGGAAAAUACCUUUUAUUCACCAUGCUUUUGGUUGCCUUGUGCGUGGUCGUUACCAUAAUCAUCAUAAAUAUACAUUACAGGCAACCAAGUACGCACAAGAUACCAUCGUGGAUGCGGACGGUGUUCAUCAGAGCGCUGCCGAAAAUGUUACUCAUGAGGGUACCCGAACAGCUGUUGGCAGAUUCAGCACUGAAACAAAAACAUAUGAAGACGUGCAAAAAAUUAAAUCUUAAUUUGGCCAGGUUGAACGCAGCCAGCGUGGGCGCCACGCUGAACGUGCCUCCGGCGCCAGUCGCUUCGCCGCCCGCCGGCCACCGUUCGCCCACCGAAUCGCUGCGCCGGUUCGUGGUGGCCGCUGGGCGGACAGGCUGCAACGGGACGGCAGCGGCCGGGGCGGCCAGCCGGCUGAUGAACGUGGCCGUGUCGUCCAUCGACGAUGCGCUCAACGACGUGCCGGCCGCCAUCCGGAAGAAGUAUCCGUUCGAGCUGGAGAAGGCAAUCCACAACGUCAAGUUUAUACAGCACCAUUUGCAGCGCCAGGACGAAUACAACACGGAAGAUCAAGACUGGGGCUUUGUGGCUAUGGUGCUUGAUCGAUUAUUUUUAUGGAUAUUUACGGUUGCCUCCAUUAUGGGUACAAUUCUUAUCCUAUGUGAAGCACCGGCACUCUACGACGAUACGAAACCAAUUGACCGGGACCUAUCAUUCAUCGCUAAAAAACAAUUUUCCCCAACGUCUGAUUUAGAAUAGUCCUUAUGACAUUAGUUUUUAAUUUUCAUGUGCAAAUGGAAAUUAUUAUGGUAUAAUAGACAAUGAUGAAUCAUCUUGAUUUUAAACGGUUAAUAAUUAUUUGAACAAAUCGUUAAAUGCAACAUUAUUGUUAAAAUGCCUUAAGUUUUAGGUUAUAGGUUUUUUUACAGUUUAAAUAUAUUUUGCACCAAUUAAAGUUGUCAGUAAAAUUAUUUAAUGAUUAAUUAUGUUUAAAAAUAACACAUUAAAUGCUUUUUAAUAGUGCAGAACUAAAAUGUACUAUACAACGUUACAUUUAGAUAAAACAACUUAUUUUUUUUUUCAAUCUCACAUUUUCAUAUUGAUUUUGUUAUAUAUUUUUAAAA